ACUUCCCUGUGUUUUUUCCUCUGUCUCCGUCUCUUUAUUGACACGAUUAGGGUGGGAGUGAGCUUCAUCAGCCCCUCAUUUGCUGCCUAGUGGACUUAACUGCCUUAACGUUAUUGGCUCUGAAGCCCAGCAAAGAGAUGCAAAAACAUUAACUGUAGGGUCUGACAAGGCAAUGCGCGCACACGGGUCACUCGCGCGCUGCAAGGAAUCAAACCCGAAAACAGGCAUCAUGUGGUGUAUUGAAUGCAGAUAGGCAGGGACGCCAAUGCAAGUCUCUGAUCGUGUGAUAUAUCAACCCUUCGCUUCAUGCAGCCUAGUAAAUGGAACAGAGAAAAUGACUGAAUAUUUGAAUAAUGAAAACAACGCGAUACAAUCAGGCAUCGGAACAUUAAUAAGUCGAGUCAGACUUGUCAGUAAGAUCUGUUUUGGGACAAUGUGUAAAACAACAAUGCCCCAGAAAAUUAAACUGAAAUGAACUAUCACUGUGUUGUUCUUCAGUGUACUAUUAAUAAAUGUUAUUGUGUUGUUUCUGGCUGCAGUGUCUAAUUGCCUGGGACUAACAGCUUAUUUGAAUGCAGGAUGCCGGUGUGGAAGCUGAAUAAUGCACCUUCCCUGAUGAAUUUGCUAAGAUAAUUUUUGCAACGGGUCCAUAGGAACGGCACAUACACCGACUCUACGAAGCAGCGUAAUAUUGAAUUUCGGCUGUUGCACAGCGAACUUUCCUGCCGCCGAGCCUGGGCUAGGAGAUGCAUUGUUAUGCGAGUGAUUUCUUCUGAAACACCUGUGAAUAUGAGAGGGAUGGAACCCGAACAGAAUACAACUUUUAAGGGAUGUUUGCGUGCCGGUGUUUUCCCAUCAGUAUUACACAGUAUUAGUCAGUAAGGUUGCACUCUCAAAUCCGACCAUCAUUGCCAGUGUUCAUAAGUAAAUUCUCGGACAAUAUAUACUUGCACUAAGUGUAGAGGUGUACUGUAUAAUAAAACUGCUGGGAUUAUGCACCUUGCAUAGCUCAUUUGAGUCAUAGACGCGCCAAGCAGCUUCAUUUCAACCAUCAGGGAGGAUCGAUAGACUCAGCCGUGCGCGUUAGUGCUGCGGACAGGGGCGCACAUCAGACCGGCGCGUUGUUGAAGUAUAACUUCAAUAAACUGCGCUCGUCAGACCGUGGGCUGGGUUGGGGGCGCGUCUAGUCGGCAGCCCCCCUUCUUAUGUGACUGCCUCAGUCCUCGGCCAGCCUGCGCACGGUGCGCCUCCGAGCUGCACAGCGAUGCAUCCGCGCAAAGAGACGCGGUCUGGGCGCGCACACCGCUCCGGGUAGCGCUGGCCACGCAUCGUCACGCAAGAUCUGCGGCGGCUGAGAACCUAUAGAUCCGGCAACUCUGCGCAAUUUACCCACCAUAUAGAUUUCGCGUUUAGAAUUUUGAUACUAAAGAAAAAGAAACAUUAACUUUUAUAAUGGCAUUGCCCAACAAUGGAUCCAACAGCAGCGCUGGCAUUCCCGGCAACAUCACGAACCAGUUCGUGCAGCCGCCGUGGCAAGUGGCGCUUUGGUCGGUCGCCUACAGCUCCGUGCUGGCCGUGGCCGUCUUCGGCAAUUUAGUAGUGAUCUGGAUUAUUCUGGCUCAUAAGCGCAUGCGAACCGUAACCAACUACUUUCUGCUGAACCUGGCGUUUUCCGACGUGGCCAUGGCUGCCUUCAACACCCUCAUCAACUUCAUCUACGCCGCCCAUGGAGAGUGGUACUUCGGCAAGGCUUACUGCAAGUUCCACAACUUCUUCCCGGUGGCUGCGGUCUUCGCCAGCAUCUACUCUAUGACUGCCAUCGCCGUGGACAGGUACAUGGCCAUCAUCCACCCGCUGAAACCCAGGCUGUCGGCUACAGCGACCAAGGUGGUGAUCGCCUCCAUCUGGGUGCUGGCCGUGGUGCUGGCCUUCCCACUCUGCUUCUACUCCACCACCAAGAAGAUCCCGCGGAGAACCCUGUGCUAUGUGGCCUGGCCCAGGAACUCCAAGGACCCUCUCAUGUAUCACAUCAUCGUGACCGUUCUGGUGUACAUGCUGCCUCUAGUGGUUAUGGCCAUCACUUACACCAUCGUGGGGGCCACCCUAUGGGGAGGUGAGAUUCCCGGAGACACGUCUGACAACUACCACGGACAACUUCGGGCCAAGAGGAAGGUGGUGAAGAUGAUGAUCAUUGUGGUGGUGACCUUCGCCACGUGCUGGCUGCCCUUUCACAUCUACUUCAUCGUCACGGGCGUAAACAGGAGACUGAACAGAUGGAAGUACAUCCAGCAGGUCUAUCUCUCCGUGCUGUGGCUGGCCAUGAGCUCCACCAUGUACAACCCCAUCAUCUACUGCUGCCUUAACAGCAGGUUCCGGGCCGGUUUCAAGCGCGCCUUCCGCUGGUGCCCAUUCGUGGAGGUGUCCAGCUAUGACGAGCUGGAGCUACAGGCCACGCGACACCACCCAGCACGGCAGAACAGCACCUACACCCUCUCCCGCAUGGAGUCCAGCAUGGUGGUGGUUUACGACCCGGCCGACGGCGACAACCCCGGAACCGGCCGUAGCAAGCGGCCCGGCUCCCGUCACGCCAGCACCAACGGUUGCCACCGCAGCAGCGUUAAAGCCUCCCUGCGGCCCGACCUGUACAGCACCACCAGUACGUCGCCAGAGGAAUUCUCCUGAGAGCCGGGGAAGAGCGCAAUCCCCGAGCCGGGACACUCUCCAGAAUCCUGGAAUGCUUCCUCCAUCGCUUUGUGGUUUGUGUGACGUCCACGCACCAUUCCGUGCUCCUCGAGAACAUCUUUUGGCUUUAGACCCAGGCAGGACACGAGCAGGACUUUUCUAGAAGGGACUUUUUGUUCCUCAUGGUUAAUGAAAAGCAGUCAUUACGAUGAUCAGUUUUCAUGGACUUUAUCUAUCCUGGGACUAUUCAGUUUGCUUUCAUCUUACUGAAAUCUUCUGUAUCUGUCAACGUUACGAAAUGCAUCAGAUGUCAGGUCUAGUCUUUACCGCCUAGCAGCUACAUGUUGACAUGAAGGUUGUGUGUUGAGGUGGUUUUUUUCCGAGCGACACUGAGACAUGAUCCACCAGGAAGCCGGGAGCAUUACAGAGUGUCACCAGCAGAGGGCGCACGGGAGCUGCAAAGCCACGCCUUUGGUGCGUUUGUCUUUCGGAUAGCCCCCGCUAAUUCAGUUAGCAUUAUAUCAGCGUGGUAUUUACAGUGUCUGACACACGGGAGGUUGCUCCUCCGCAUCCAUUUGGACAUUCGACUCAAAGACCACCUGGGGCAGGAGACAAACCCCUGGAGCGAGAGACAAAUGGUGAAGGACGCUUCCUCCGUUCAGAUAUCUGCGCGUGCGCUUCAUGGCUUCCCGUCCGUAAUCACAUUGCACGAUGAAGUGUUUACGCCCUGUCCAACAGUGACAACAGGCAAGACACACAAGAUAAAACCAACUAAAAAAUUCAUUUCAAGGCUUCUGGGAGGCCCAGGUCCUUAUAAACUGCAGCUACAGGAUUAUUUUUAUCUCGUUUACCAUUACAACUCCCUAUGUCCAUUUUUCACAUCGAAUUGCCUGUAUUUUCUCUCUCUCUUGCGUGUGCAUGUACGCAAAAUCAAACCAAUGAGAUUAUAACGUCAUCUUUGGUAGUUUGAAGAUUAUUUCAGGCUGUAAUGAAAGGACUGACUUAGAGCUUAUAUUAGGAAUCAUGAGCGUAUUAAAACUAAAGUUAUGAAGAUGUUAGGAACAGUCAUGCGACCACCGUGCAUCGUCUGCAGUCGUUACAUAUAUGCUCCGUUUAUCGUGCAGGAUAAUCAGGUUACGGUUAGCUGGCACCUUCACUAGCUGGAUUUCAGUCUGAGGUUUUGUGUAAAUAUUUGCAGUUUUACUGUGAGGUGUUAAACCCAAGAGUAAAAAUGCUUUUCGUGGUUGAUGCUUUAUAUAGAGAUGCCUGCGGUGAAGGAGGUAUCAUCUAGGCCUGUUGCCUGGGGGAGUGGGUAACUGUCAUAGAUCCCCCCUCCCCAAUUUAAAAUGCCAACACACUUGGAAGAGGAGGUGAAGGGGGUGCGGAGAGAGGUUCUACGUGUGGAUAAUUCGUGAAGGGGGAUUCCGCUACCUAUACACGCGUUACCUGCAGACCGGAUGUGCAUGAUAAACAGCCCGGAGCCCCCUCCUCUAAGGCGAGAGGUGAGGGUCCAUGACGUAUAAUAAUUUCCGUAGCGAUCACGUAUUCAGACACGCAGUCUAUUAAAUAAGCAGUGGUAUUACCCAACCCCUUUAGGUGACGAGUAUUAGUACUUAGAGGUCUAUCGCUCACAUGCCGCGUAUUUUAUCUUCUUUAUUAUUAUUAUCUUUAUCUUCUUUUAUCUAUACUUAAGUUCAAAGCAGACGAACUGUGGCAAGCGAUUAAAAGCACUAUAUUAUUUUAA